CAGUGCAUGAGAUUCAUGGAGCUCGACCGAUUUGACGCCUGAAUCGUUGCGCAACUGCCUUUUUUUCCCUUAUUUUUCUUCCUCUUUUCAGUUUAAAAGAUCCAGUGAAAAUGCAUAUAUCAUUAUCCGUGCUCCUCCCUUUAUUUAGCUUCCUCCCCCUCCUCGCCAAGGCAUCGGGAGCAGCGGCCGUCCCCUCCUUCGCCGAUGUGCUUUACUGGCCCUUAGGAGCCUCUCAACCGUCCCAGCUUGCACGCAUCUCGUACGACCCAUUAUCUUUGACCUCAACUGUCGUAUCAUAUACUGCGCCUGAUAGCGCCAGUCUCAAGGAGUCCCCGGAUGACCUGGUUCGAAUUGGCCUCUACACGACAACAUCGAGUUCGAAAGAAUGGGUGGGAUCUCUUGCAACGUUGUCCUCGAUAAUUGGCGACACAGACCGCAAACCGACAAUACAACUUCACCUUAGCCCUUCCAGAGAAGUUUACCAUGUUUCCGUCUUGCCCUCGGAUUCCUCGGUAGCGACGAACAGCCCCGAAAUAAAGCUUAUCUCCAGCGAGGCAGGCCCUCGUCCUCAUCUCAAUCGGCCUAUCGUGGUCAACCCGGACGGAACAGGUCCAGAGGAGGUGGUUGAGAAGACAUUUUUCCAGAAAUACUGGUGGGUCUUCUUGAUUGUUGGUUUCAUUGCUAUGUCUGGUGGAGGUGAAGGGCAGUAGUACUGUGGUUUUAAUAAUUAAUGGAAAGGAAUAAUGUUUUUGCUAUAACAAUAUAGUCUCGGCUGUUUACCAGCUCAUCAUUUCUAAAGGAAUCUCACAG